AGGCCAUUUAUAGGAAGGAGUUGAGGUGGCAAAGCUAAAACCUUUAUAGGAAAACCAAGCAGAGCUGAACAAAAAUAGACACCAUGCUGGGUUCUUUGGUGCUGAUUUGGAUUUUUGUCUUCCUCCUCUUCCUCUUCAUCAAGACCCAAAGGCCCAAGAACUUUCCUCCAGGACCCCGGCCUGUGCCCAUAUUUGGGAACCUCCUUGAGCUGAACAUUGCCAACCCUCUGAAAGACUUUGAGAGGUUGGCUCAAUGCUAUGGGAACGUUUACAGUCUGUACUUUGGAGGAACACCAGCAGUGGUUCUUACUGGUUUUAAGGCUGUGAAGGAAGCUCUGGUGAACAAGGCUGCAGACUUUUCAGGACGCCCACAAAACCUGCUAGUCAGCCAUCUAACAGAAGGGAAAGGUAUCGUAUUUCUUGAUUAUGGUCCUGCAUGGAAGGAGCAUCGGCGCUUUGCCCUCAUGACCCUGAGGAACUUUGGCAUGGGGAAGCAGUCAAUGGAGGACAGGAUUCUGGGAGAAAUUGAACAUCUUGUUGCACGUUUGAAGAGAAGUGCUGGAGGCUUCCUGAAUCCUCAGACUGUGUUCCAUGAUGCUACAUCAAAUAUCAUCUAUCUGGUUUUAUUUGGCAUUCGCUACAACUACGGGGAUGAAGCCCUUAAAAAGUACGUCAGUAGCUUUACUGAAUCUACGAAGAUUGCCAAUGGACCCUGGGGACUGAUAUAUGAAACUUUUCCUUUUCUGAGAGCCCUGCCCCUUCCCUUUAAGAAGGUGUUCACGCAUUUUGAGACAGUGAAAAAAUUGGACGCAAGCAUGGUCAAUAAGCACAAACCAACCAGAGUCCCAGGAGAGCCAAAGAACUUUGUUGACUGCUAUCUGGAUGAGCUCGAUAAGAGAGGAAACGGUGGGUCUUCCUUUAGUGAGGAACAACUUGUGAGAUCCAUCAUUGACCUUCAUGCUGCUGGAACAGAUAGUAGCUCCAACACCCUCCUGACAGCAUUUCUGUACCUUAUAACACACCCAGACAUUCAAGGGAGAUGUCAGAAGGAGAUUGAUGAGGUUUUGGAGGGUAAAGCUCAUGCAUCUUUUGAGGACAGACACAAGAUGCCGUACACGCAGGCUGUGAUCCAUGAGUCCCAGCGUAUUGCUAGAACCGUCCCCCUCAGUGUUCCCCACUGUGUCAGCAGAGAUACUGAACUGAUGGGCUACAGCAUCCCAAAGGGCACUGUUAUCAUCCCAAACCUCUACUCAGUGCUGAGUGAGGAAGGCCAGUGGAAGUUUCCUCAUGAGUUCAAUCCAGCUAACUUCCUGAAUGAGCAGGGACAGUUUGAGAGGCCAGAGGCCUUCAUACCCUUUUCUACUGGGCCCCGUGUGUGUCUCGGUGAAGGUCUGGCUCGCAUGGAGCUCUUCCUCAUCUUGGUCACUCUGCUGCGCCGGUUCCAGUUCUUCUGGCCUGAAGAUGCAGGAGAACCAGACUAUACUCCUGUAUAUGGAAUCACACUCACACCCAAACCGUACAGGAUGGGGGUCAGACUGAGACAGCCAGCUAGAGAAAUGUAGAGCAGAUUCCAAAUACCAGUGUAAUUGUAACACCAAUACCCUUCAUUGAAUACAGACUUUGAGAAAAUAAACCCAUAAUUCAGUUCAUCCAGGUCAAAUACAUGGCUUAAGUUAGAUCACAGUAACCAACACACAGCACAAAAAGAAAACUCUAAGAAAUGUUCCAGAAGUCAAGUAGCCGAUCAUCUACCCAUGCACUGCCCACAAUACAUGCUCAAACCUACUGUUGCUACUUUGCAGAAGUUUGUCAAAAAUCCCAUUAAACUAAGUUAAAUCUGCUACAUUAUACAGAGUUUCCAAUUUAAAAUGCUACACUACCAAGAUGGACUGUUGUUUCCUUCAUAUUUUGUAAACUACGAAGCCUCUGAAAGGAUGUGGUAUAUUUUUCAAUUUUCGUAGGUAAAAAUCUGUUGCCCACCACAAACUGUUAUGUGCUCACAAAAUAUUAACAGAUAUUUUCAGCACUAGAUACAAUUUGAAGAAAACAUCAAAUAUUAUCUGUCAUGACAGUUACUGAUUGAAGUAUUGUUGAUUUUUUAUUUAUCUUUGUUCAGUAAUUUACAUGCUUUUAUGAAUUAAAUUCUAACCAUCUUUUAUUUAGACACCUGUUUACCAUAGAUACACACCUCUCCUAGCUUAGCCAGCUCCAUAAUUACUUACAUUCUUGUUAAAAAUGGGUAAAAAAAGUCAUGAAAAAAUAUUAUUGUGGAUAAUUAUCUAAUUUAGAUUAGAUAAGAUUAGAUUAGAUUCAACUUUAUUGUCAUUGUGCAGAGUACAGGUACAGAGCCAAUGAAAUGCAGUUAGCAUCUUACCAGAAGUGCAAAAUCCAGUAUUAUUUACAUAUAAAGUGCAGAAAAGUAGCUGUAGUAAGCGAUGCUGUGGUUACAAUACAUACAAUUAAGGAUGGUAGAGUGGUAAAAAGAUACAGAUGUUGCAAGUAUAAAUAUUAUAUGCAUAUGCACAGAGUGAGUGGAGAGAAUGCAAAUGUAGGUACACUGUUAGAAAUAAAGGUUCUGUGCAGGUACAUUUUUCGUUCAUCAAGGUACAAAUAAUAAAUGUACCCUCAAAGGUACAACAGUCGUUUUAAGGUCCAAUUUUGGACCUUAAAUAAGUUUUUCCUGGCAAAAAUUACAUAUUUGUAUCUUUUCAUAACCUAAUGUUUUAAAACAGAGCACUAAAAUAAAAAGCCUGGAGACGAGACGGGGUGUGUGGAGUCAAUACAACUUAGAAAAUAUCAUUUCAAUGGAUUAUGGUACAAUUAUGCUCCCUGUCCAAAGGUGCUCAGAUGUACCCUUGAGGGUACCACCCCAGUGACAAGAGGGGUGCUGCCCCAGUGACAGUUUACUACCUUUUUUUCUGAGAGUGUAGUAGGUAUUGUGAAAGCAGCAUUUGUAAAAUGAUACGUAUGCAGAGUAAAAACAUGCAGUCUGUGCAAAUAUAAAUAGUGCAGUAGCAGACUGUACAAAUAUGAAUAGUGCAAUAAUAGUAGGAGAUAAAGUACAGUAACACUGCAUUGAGUGCAAAAUGUGGUUAAAGUGGUGGUGUGGAGUUCAGCAGGGUCACAGCCUCAGGGAAAAAAGCACUUCCACAGUGAUCCAUCUUUAUCAAGGGUGCCUGUAACUAUGGUAUGACUGUUUAAUUACUUAAUGCACUGAACGGGUCAUAUGAGAGCAGGGGAAAUAUUGUUUCUUAUCUAACAGGCUUGAUUCAGCUGUGAUUAUAAAAUACUUUAUAAUAGUAAAGUUCAUAAUGAUAAAGUUCAGUUUUAUAAAAGCUGUGUUUAUUUGUGCAGGUCUGUGGCAGAAUAUUUCAGUCUAAAUGAAAUAAACACAUAAAAAAUAAACCUUUAAAAUGUAUCAUGUAUUGUGUGAAGUGGCAAUUAAUUAAAAUUGAAAAUAUGAACACAAA